UUAGCCUUUAGGCGUGUUUGAUAAAAUAGCCAGAUUUUGGGUUUAGCCGUUUAGGGUUUAUCAGAAUCAGAGAAACAAUAUCAAAUUAUUCCCUCUCUUCUCCAUUAGUUAGUUCUAGGGUUUAAUCUUUCUUCCACUGGAGAUUUAAAAAUGGUCAGUACUAAACGAAAAUCAUCUGAAACGGUUGAAGAGAAUCCGAAACAGCAGAAAAUCCCAGUUCUCCCAUGGAUGAGAGCUCCUAUAAAUGUCAAUCUCAUUGAAGAUAUUCUAUUAGAACAUGUUCCUGGACUUGAUCCCAGAUUGGUGGAGGCAUUAAGUAAUAUCAAUGAGAAUUUUACUACACUGUAUCCAAUUCAGUAUGCAGUAUGGAAACAAACAAUUGGACCUGGUCAAUUUGAGAGAGAUCUUUGUAUUAACUCACCAACUGGAAGUGGGAAAACCUUAGCUUAUGCUUUGCCUAUUGUUCAAUCUCUUUCGACACGGAAUGUUAGACACAUACGCGCUUUAAUCGUCUUGCCUUCCCGUGAUUUGGCAGAUCAGGUAAAAAGUGUAUUUGAAUCUAUAGCACCAGCUGUGGGGUUAACUGUUGGUUCAGCUAUUGGUGGUAAAGGUAAAAUGUCAGAUGAGAUAUCACAGCUCAUUAAGCGGCCUGCGCUCGAGGCAGGUGUUUGGUAUGACCCAGAGAAAGAAUUAGAAAGCGGAGUUGAUAUUUUAGUGGCAACACCUGGAAGACUCAUGGACCAUAUUAACACAACAAAGGGAUUUACUCUUGAGCAUCUUCGAUUUCUUGUAGUUGAUGAAAUAGACAAGCUACUUGGAGAGGAAUAUCAGGAUUUUCUUCGUGCUGUGCUUCAAUUGACCCAUUCAGACGAGGAACACCAGUUUUCGCAUACGAGGGCUUCUCAAUCUUUGCUCGGUCCCCUGAGAACUAUAAGAAGAUCCGGUAUCGAAAGGGGGUUUAAAGGUAAACCUUGCCCGAGGCUUAUGAAAAUGAUUUUAUCUGCUACUCUGACACAAAGUCCUGGCAAGCUUGCCAAGCUUGAUCUGCAUCACCCUUUGUUUUUGACAACUGGCCGCUAUCAGCUACCUGCCAAGCUACAAUUAUUCAAAUUGACAUGUGACGUAAAAUCUAGACCUCUUUACUUGGCGGCACUUCUGCACGAGCUAAAAGAGGAACAAAGCAUUGUUUUUGCAAAAUCUAAGGAUUCAACUCACGAACUCUGUACCAUGUUAAAUUGCUUUGAUUUACCCUUUAAGAUCAAAGAAUAUUCUGCUUUUCAGCCUCAAUCUCUUCGAAGCAAGACACUCGAGAAAUUUCGGGAGGGAAAAAUACAGGUGCUUAUUGCUUCAGAUGCUAUGACUCGUGGUAUGGAUGUUGCAGGGGUGAGGAAUGUAAUUAACUACGCCAUGCCUUUCCAUGUUAGGACAUAUAUCCAUCGCGCAGGUCGGACUGCCAGGGCAGGGAAUAGUGGGCGUUGCUUCACCUUUCUGGCAAGAAAUCAGGUUGUUGAGUUUAAAAAACUUCUGAAAGAAGCUGAUAAAGACUCUUGUAGUGUUCACAAUGUACCCGAAGAUAUAUUCGAAAAACUUAGCUCAGUUUAUGAUUCUGCAAAGCUGAAAUAUAAGGAGUGCAUGCAACAGGAGAAGUUCAAAAAAAGACGUCAAAUGAACUUCCAGUCUUCCAGAGCAUCAGAAGGAAGCAUGGAGAUCAGCCAGGAAAAGGAUUAGUCAAACAAUUUAGGGUUUGAUAUACUAUAACUCCCAUCACCAGUUUUUGGUUCUGCUGUAUGUAAAAACUAGUUAUUGCACAAGCCAUUUCAUAGAAAGUAAAUCCGGUAGUUGGGCGAAAAAUCAUCCGUGUUUUCACUUAUUUUUUUAUUUUAUUUUUUUAUGUUACAAAAAAUCCUCAGAGUUCUGAAAUUGUAAUGCCAAAAUGUUACUGAUAUAUCAAUCAAAUUUCUUUAACCACCA